ACAUGCAGAGAGAGCUCCUAUUUCGGAGAGGCUUUGUGGGACGCGGCAAGGAGGUUCCAGCCUGUACACCAACAGCUUUCCAGAUCAUCACAUCGAUGGGUUUGAACCCGACAGUAUCUUUGGAAUUGAUGUUGAGAGCAUCCUGUUCGGCGAAGACGAUAUAGAAGCG